AAAAUAUAAUGUCAUUAUAAAAAUCAUUAUCAAAAAAGAAAAGAAAAUGCAGAUGGAGAAGAUAAUAAGUAUAAUAACGGUUUUAAAACAGAUGGAACGUUUCGUUUAUACGUCUUUUUACAUUGAAAUUUUUACAUUGUUUUAACUAAUCUAAUAAUUAUACAGGAUGGUAGGACAAGUAUAUACCUGCGUUUAACUUAUGUAAACUUAUAAAACGACAGGGAAUCAUUUCGAGUGUUUUUUUAAAACCCGCACGAUUUUUUAUUGUCGAUACGUGCUCGAUACCGUAAUCGCAUAGAAACGUAAUCUAAGUUCCACUAUUAUUUUAUUAAUGUAAUGGACACUUGUGUAUAUUUUCUAUAUGUAUUUCUUAAGAUAUUCUUCCGUUAGAGAUCGUCGGUUUUCGAUAGCGAAACACGCCUUUAAUUAAUGGCAAACGCCGAAGAAUCCGUGAAAAAGAAAACAAGCAAAUCCACAACCCUGUUUCAUUACUAGCGACUGAUUCUGCGUUUUUCUUCGACAAUACAAUGUGUUAAAAUAUGAUCCUACGAUCCGACGACCAUUGAACAUGUAAAUUUUAUGCUGUGUAAGUGAUUCGAUGUAACCAAGUUAUUUAAUUGAGUAAACAUUUCAUACAAAGAGCUCGGAGAAUGUGAUUCAAUAUUUCUUUUUCAACUACUCUUAUUCACAUUUUAGGUAAUUGUUUAUCGAGAUAAAUUGGUGUUGUUUCAAGAUGAUUACUUAUAACGUUGAAAUUUAACGAAGAUUAUAAUAAAAUUUUUGGUAUAUUUUAGUGUAAUCAUGUUAAAGCGGACGAAAUCGAGAAACGACGGAGUAACAGGACGCUAAUUAGUUUUACAGAUGGAAUUUGUUCCUUUGCCCUACUCCGGUCGCCCACUGUGGUCAUCCACGUUUUUAUUGAGCUUAAUGCGAAACGCAGCCGCCGGCCACUUUACAUGGAAUGCAUCACUCUGCUGUGCAGCGUAUGUGUGUGUGCAGGGACGAAGUCGAGUACGUAUGGAUCUUAAGUCGUGUGAUCGCGCAUGAUGAAGUAUGUAUAUGAAUUGUGAGCAAUAAAUUUAAUUCUAAGAUGUGAGAGAAUUAAAUUUGGUAACAGCGUAAAUUAAUUGUAAUAUUCAUUUCGAUGUUGUCAGAUUUUAAUGAUAAAUAUUAUUUUCUUCUAGGACAUAAUAUUUUUAUAAAUAUAUUUCACUAUUUAUAUUUUCUGUGCCUGUUUUCUUCGUUAUAUUUUAGUGUGCUACGAUAGAGACCGGAAAAGGACCGGAGAAAGAAAGAAAAGGAGGAAGAAAGUUAGAAGACGGAAAGAAAGAGCAGGACCCUCAUCCGUUCCUGAUCCCACACACGUGUGGCUCACGUGUAUGUUGUGGGAGUGAGAAGGGAGAGCGAUACUGACUGGCGGGGAGUGUAAGCGUGCGUGACACACCAGAUAUGAGAAAAUUCCACAUUCUGGAGGAACGGAAAGAGGCCUGCGGGUCAGUCGCUCAUUGAUGAAGACAGCGGCUCCGUGAACGGUCGUUGAAAACACUAUUUCGAGAUCAUACUUGCAGCAUGUCAGCGCGUAGAAAGGAAGAACCGACGAAGCAGCGAUAUCAGGCGAACGCUCGGGAGAGAGAUCGCACUCAUAGGCGCACAACUGAGGGAAUGCGAUCUUCAUUGUGCAGCGUGAACACGGCUUUCAGUGCUUUGAGGACCCUGAUUCCGACCGAACCAGCCGAUAGGAAACUCUCCAAAAUAGAGACCCUCAGAUUGGCCAGCAGUUACAUUAGUCAUUUGGAUGCCAUACUCAUCGCAGGUGCCAUAGAUCAACCCUGCUCACGUCUCCUAGAAAAUGGCAGCAUUUGUUCGACGAGGCCACAAGUUUGCACGUUUUGCUUAGCUAUGCAUAAAAGAUAUAGUUUCAACGUUUCACAAAUAAUUCCGGAUUAUGCAAAUGAAGAGAUAACGCCGUGCAUUUUUAUGCCAACAAAUGCAACAUGUUUGAAUCUAAAUAUAAAUGAUAUUUAAGGUUUAAAAUACAUAUAUAUUUUUAUAUUUUUUUAAA